CACACAUUUUGGAGAUUGUUUCUUCUUCUUUUAAUCUUUCUAACAAGCUUAUUUUGGACUCCAAUUCCGAAAGUCUUUGCUUUAAGCGCCUCCAUUCUCAUCCCCCGUCCGCGAUUCACGACCAUUGCCUCAAGCUGCGUCGUCUCUCCGUUUCGUGAGUUUUUCCCAACAGGAGCCAUGGCUACAACUCAUCUUGCUGCAACAACAGAGUCACUUGCUCUUGCUGUUGAGGCCAAAGACCCAUCUGAGGCUAUUUCUAUUCUUUAUCGUGUACUUGAGGAUCCUUCUUCCUCACCCGAAGCUCUGCGUAUGAAAGAGCAGGCGAUCACAAACCUUACUGACCUUCUAAGGCAAGAGAAUAGAGGAGAGGAUCUACGCAGCCUUCUCACACAAUUGAGGCCCUUUUUCUCCGUGAUACCCAAGGCAAAAACUGCAAAGAUAGUUAGGGGGAUAAUUGACGCAGUUGCUAAAAUCCCAGGGACAUCUGAUCUUCAAAUUGUGCUUUGCAGAGAAAUGGUGCAGUGGACUUAUGCUGAGAAGCGUACAUUCCUGAGGCAGCGAGUUGAGGCAAGACUUGCAGCACUUCUGAUGGAAAAUAAGGAGUACUCAGAAGCUUUGACUCUUCUGUCAAGCUUGAUCAAAGAGGUUAGAAGAUUAGAUGACAAGCUUCUACUCGUAGACAUAGACUUGCUGGAAAGCAAACUACACUUCUCAUUAAGAAACCUUCCAAAGGCGAAAGCCGCGCUAACUGCAGCAAGAACUGCUGCUAAUGCCAUUUAUGUGCCUCCGGCACAACAAGGUGCCAUAGAUCUGCAGAGUGGAAUACUUCAUGCUGAGGAGAAGGAUUAUAAAACUGCAUAUAGUUAUUUCUUUGAAGCUUUCGAGUCUUUCAAUGCACUUGAAGACCCAAAGGCUGUUUUCAGCCUGAAAUAUAUGUUGUUGUGUAAGAUCAUGGUAAAUCAAGCUGAUGACGUUGGCGGGAUCAUAUCUUCUAAAGCCGGGUUGCAAUAUGUUGGCCCUGACUUGGAUGCAAUGAAAGCUGUUGCAGAUGCUCAUUCUAAGCGAUCCCUGAGAUUGUUCGAGAUUGCUCUGCGGGACUACAAUGCACAGUUGGAGGAAGACCCAAUCGUCCAUAGGCACUUACAAUCCUUGUAUGAUACCCUCUUGGAACAGAAUCUUUGCAGGUUGAUCGAGCCGUUCUCAAGGGUUGAGAUUGCGCACAUUGCUGAGCUCAUUGAACUGCCUAUGGAUCACGUGGAGCGGAAGUUGUCUCAGAUGAUCUUGGACAAGAAGUUUGCGGGGACAUUGGAUCAAGGUGCCGGAUGCCUCGUCAUAUUUGACGACCCCAAGACCGACGCGAUAUAUCCUGCAACUCUGGAGACCAUUUCCAAUAUUGGGAAAGUUGUCGAUAGUCUUUAUGCUAGGUCUGCCAAGAUAAUGGCAUGAGCUUUCUUGUUACUCAGCACAGUACUUGUCUAUGUUUACUUAUGAAAUCAAGCUUGUGAAUUGUUUGGUAUUUCGAAUUUUUUCAACCCAAAAUGUGGUACACCUCUUACAUUAUCUGCUAUGAUUGUGUCUUAUAGCUGAACAGCUUGAUUUGGAGAGUUGCAAUCAGUCAAACAUGCUUAAAUUUAUGCAAUAAGAUGCAUCAAUUUGGCCGUUA